AUGUACCCAGGCUAUACAAUUAGCCUUUCUCCCGGGUCCACCCUCACGCUCUCCGACAGCGCCAUAGCCACCCCUGAAUGCUGGACCAGCACGCCAACGCCCACCGGGACAGCGUCGGCGAUGCCUGAUCUCGACGGCGGCGCCAGCUCAGAAGACCUUGCAGCGAGCGACCUGAGAGACCCGUUUUAUGCCAGUACAAUCCCAAUGGCAUAUUCAAUAUCCGCUACUACAACACUGGCAUAUGUCCUCUUGUUCCUCCUGUUCCUCCCCAACCCGCCCAACUCACGACCAUGGCUCCAGAAGGUAGCCACUCUCACCGUGGUAGUAUGCCUCACCAUUGCCUUUGCAGAAACAACAACAGUGCUCGAAGAGGAAUACAAACUCGUCGGCUCAUCCCUCUACUCCCUCACCAACGAAGCACGUGAAGUCCGCCGCCGCGUCGUCGGCGGAACCGUCAUCAGAAUCGGCCGCAUCAUCUCGGACCUCUUCCUAUGGCUCGCCCAAGUGCAAACACUGAUCCGCCUCUUCCCCCGGGAGCGUGAAAAGGUGAUCAUCAAAUGGGCAGGCUUCUGCCUCAUCCUCCUCGACACGAUUUUCAGCAUCCUACAGACCUUUGUCUCACCGCUCGCAACAGACCCCGACAGCUUCCUGGACGCAAUACCGGCACUAUCAUACCUCUUCCAGAUUGCGCUCUCUCUCCUGUAUGCCUCGUGCGUGAUGUACUACUCCUUCGCCAAGCGCAAGUACUCAUACCUGUACCCGCACUCCUUCUUCAAGCCCGCGCCGCCAGGCUCAAAACAGUACGGCGGCCGCAGUAUCGUCCUCGUCGCAAUCCUCAGCAUCGCAAGCGUCCUCACGCCCAUCGUCUUCUUCGUGCUCGACAUCGCACAGAAGGAUCUCGCCGGCUGGGGCGACUACAUCCGCUGGGUCGGCGCCGCCUCCGCAUCCGCCGUCGUCUGGGAGUGGGUAGACCGCAUCGAAGGCCUCGAGCGCGAGGAAUGCAAAGGCGGCGUCCUGGGUCGCGAGGUCUUUGACGAAGACGAGGACGAAGACGACGGCUUCACCAACGCAACAAGGCGACGAAGAACCCGGCGAAGAAGCGGGGACGACGAGAACGGCGGCGGGGGAGGCGGGGGAGGCGGCGCAAACGGUAUUCCGCUGAGUCGGGCCACCACCGUCACGAGCGCCAGCACGUCGUAUGCCGUCAAUGUGAGGCGGGUCGACACCGCAAACACGUUCAUCGAGCGCUUCGGCACGCCCAGCAGCAACGGCGGUGGUGGGGGUGGCGGCGCCGGCGGUGCCGGAAGUGUUAGCGGAGUAGGCGGCGGGGGGCUCGGCCGCGGCCGCGGAACCCCCGGCACCGUCCGCAGCGCCAGCACCGUCAGUGGGCGGCACGCCACCCCCGCAAUCUCCGAAGAAGUCGCCACGAGCGCCGCAGCAGACGCCUCAUCAUCACCGCCGCCGCUGCCGCUGCCGUUGCCAGUACCGUCAAGAAGACCAGAAACUGCGUCCGCAGACGAGACCCCCGCGGGCCAAGCGGUGGUCGAGGAUAGAGAAGAGGGUUGGGAGGAUCAUCAUCGACGCAGUCCUAGUCCGCCAUUUACGGCUGUUACAAUAAAUACGCACAGCAGCAGCAACAACAACCUUCACCCCCCGACUCUGCCGGCGCCGUCGCAGUCUUCGGAAACGCUCUGGCGGUGGCGGAAAUGGCGGCAGGAGACGUCGGCGUCCGCGCCUUCUGCUGCGUCGCUGCCAGUAACAAUCAUCCCUGCUCCGCCCCGGGGAGCGCAAGGAUCGUGGGGGGCGGUGGAGAGGGCACGGGCGAUGGCGGAGGCGGAGGCGGAGCGGGAUGGUAGCAGUAGAGUUGAGUUGCCGCCGAGUAGUAGGGGUAAUGAGACUGUGGGUCGGGACUGGGGCGAUAGAUAG